GACAUGCAGCAGUGGAAAUACAACUGCCUUCCUAAGCCUGACAACAGCCUACACUGUGCAUGGUCACUCUACAAAAUCAAAAUGUGGACAUUCAUAGCUCACUCAACGGAUCCUGACAAUUGUUUAGUCUCACUGGAGGAAGUCACAAGAAACUGGCUGGAAAACAUUUUCCCUCAAAACAUUUCUGUCCAUGACAUCUCCGUGUCAUCUCCAAGCCAUUCCUGCCAUUCGGUUAAUAAUUCUGCUGCUCUACAUGUUGAACAGCCUCAGGGAUCAAGAGCGUCAUCAAACUCAUCCUGUGACAAGUGUUUCAGCUGUGAAGUCUAUGUGAAUGUGGAUCCUGCUGUUAAUGUGGAAGCCGUUCAGGCAACUAUUACUGCACUGCUGAGUCUGACCUUCUCUUACAACUUCCUCAACCUGACAGCUGACCCCAAUAGCAUCAGCAUACUUCCUGUGGAGAUAUUCCCUGUGGUGACAGAACCACCAACAACCGUGAGUACUGGUGUAACUAUAUCAGAAACCGGUCCAACUCAGAGUCUGCCAGCUCGCCCUGCUAACAUGUCAACAACAGGAGAGCCUUUAGACCUCAACGAAACUGCUGUUGGACCAGAUACAUUCUUUAGAGUUAAUGUGACCUUAAGUAUGACUGGCAGCCCACCAAACCCAAAGGAUAUUAUUGAGAAAUGGGUGAAAGAAGCACUGGAGGUGAAUAAGACCAUGCGUGUACUGAAUCUCAUCAUUAAGGAGAAUGGUGGUAGGCGCAUGGAGCAAAACAAUGGAUUAACAACUUCCUAUAACCAACAAAAACAAUACUACUGUACCUUCCAUAUUCAGGAAUACAACAUUAACAGUGUUGCAGAAAUUACAACUUUCAUUAAAGCUGCACUGACAUCAAAGUACGAAAAUGGCUCCAUUAUUAUUCAAGCUAUGGAUGUGGUGAUCAAGCACAUAGUGCCAGAAAACUGUUUAGAAGAAACUACUUCAACAAUCUAUGGACAAUAUAUUUGGCCCGAAGCAUUUCCACAAGUCAACCAAGAAAUGGGAUGCAAAAAACCAAUCUCAGAGAGAGCUUACAGGCUUUGUAAGUUAAACAUUGAAACUGACAUGACCAGCUGGGCUGAGCCUGACAUGACAAACUGCAACCAACUUGUGACCAUGUCAGACCUCGACAAUAUCACAGUCACCACUGGUAACGCAGCUGAGGUUGUGGACAUAAUUCAGAACCUUGUGGAUGUUCAGUUAGGUAACAGCUCUGAGCUCGCUUCCUCUGAACUGAAUUCAGUGGUGGAUAAACUCAAUGAAGUGGUUGAUAUCAGUGUCAUCAAGCCUGCGGUUGGUGCUGACAUCGUCACUAUUGUUGCUGAUAUCCUGCUUUCCAAAACUGAUGUCACACCAGUGGCUAACAUUGUCCUCAACCUGACAGAUAAACUGGGGAACAAUAUGGAUUUCCAAGGUGAAUCUGUAAGUUUAACAGCUCCCUCGCUGGCGCUUUCCAUGAUCAACGCAGAUGCAAAUGGAUUCAGUGGCCUCACCUUUGGUGUGUCCUUGGUUUCACCUCUCCUGAAUCCAAUGACUUUUGUAACCCAGAGCUUUGUGAGUGAACCACUCCCAGACACAGAUGCAGCCAUAUCUCUGCCCUCUGAACUCCACAACUUUUUCACAAUGAAUGCAACUCGUGUUCAGUUUCAGUUCUAUGGAACACAUGACCUUUUUCAGGACCCAUACACGACCAAUGCAACACAGAACAGCUGGAGAUUGAACUCCUACGUAGUAUCUGCCAGUAUCAAUAACAGUCAUGUCAGCAACCUGAUGGAUCGAGUGGUGGUGACCUUCAGACAUCAAACACCCAAACAGCCGGAAGACAAUGUACAAUGUGUGUUUUGGGAUUUCCAGAGGAACGGUGGUCAGGGUGGUUGGAACAGCAGAGAUUGUGAAACCUGGAGUAUUUCUUCUUAUCAGACCAGCUGUCUCUGCAAUCACCUCACACAUUUCGCUGUGCUCCUGGAUGUGUCCAGAACCCCCAUCAGUGAGACUGACAGUCAGAUUCUGACAGUGAUUUCUUAUCUUGGCUGUGGUAUAUCCUCCAUCUUUCUGGGGAUCACCCUACUCACCUACCUCGCUUUUGAGAAGCUGCGUCGGGACUACCCAUCCAAGAUCCUCAUCAACCUGUCUAUCGCCCUGCUGGGGCUGAGCAUGCUCUUCCUUCUUGACUCCUGGCUCUCAUCCUUCUCCAACUACGGUCUGUGCAUCGCCACUGCUGCAACGCUGCACUACUUCCUGUUGGCUUCUUUCACCUGGAUGGGCCUGGAGGCCGUGCACAUGUACCUCGCACUGGUCAAGGUCUUCAACAUAUAUGUUCCUGCUUACAUCCUCAAGUUCUGCGCUGUAGGAUGGGGCAUUCCUCUGGUCAUAGUCAGCCUGGUGCUAGCUAUAGAUAAAGAUGCCUAUGGCAACGCUGUGGCUGAAGAGGCUGCCGUCAUGCUUCAAUCCACAGACUCAUUCUGCUGGCUGCAGAAUGACGUCUUCUUCUACGUGACGGUGGUGGCAUUUAUUCUUAUGAUCCUGUUGUGCAACAUUUCCGUGUUCAUCGUGGUUCUGAUCCAGAUCAAACGCAUGAGGGCCAAUAAGCCCUCAGCAAACAGUGGCGGCACUAUGCAUGACUUGAGGGCAGUGGCCAGUCUCACCGUCCUAUUAGGCCUGACAUGGUCGAUGGGCUUUUUUUCCUUUGGGCCAGGCAGAGUGGUCCUGAUGUACCUGUUUUCCAUCUUCAACACUUUGCAGGGGUUCUUUGUGUUUUUGUUCCACUGCUUGAUGAAAGAAAAUGUGAGGAAAGAGUGGAGAAUCCACUUGUGCUGUGGACGUUUCAGACUCAGUGAUUACUCAGACUGGAGCCGCUCUGUAACAGCGGGUGGCCGCUGCAAAAAGAACAAUCUUGUUAACUCUGACUCAGUCGCUUCUGACAGCACUUCCACCAUCAGGAAGGUCUCAGGCUCCUCUACAAGAUGAGAACCGAAUACCACCACCAGGGGGCAUGAGCAGCCUCUGCAUGUGCCAUUCGAUGCAGCUCUCAUUUUCAAGGUCCAUUGUGCAGUGAGGUUGGAGGAUGAACUGCUCCAUCUCUGUUAUGGACUGCUCUUAUUGUAUAACUGAAUGGCUAAUACUUGGGAAAAAUAUAUAUACAUAAAUGUAUUUUUGUGUAAGUAUAAAUAGUAAAGUAAUUAGUAAAUGUGAUGUUACAGUGGAAGUUAAAAGAGCUUUCUGUUUAAAUUGGAUGGAAAGGGAAGCAUCUGAAAGCGAUGGUAUUUUUGUAAUUUUUAGGACAUUAAACCAUCUUUCUGUACAGUGAUUCU